GUCCGGGUUCGGGAAAAACCCAAAGUCUGUACUGAACCCGAACUUUACAGUUCGGGUUCGCUCAACCCUACACACAACUCCACCUCAAUAACGUUGUUUUAAUUUGCAUAAGUACAGAAUACAAACGAAAAUUCUGUACUGUACUGUACACUACAAUGAUUUAUAUCGUGUCAUUCGGGUGGGGUGAGUUGGUCAUAAGUCCGAGUGGUCGUUAAACAGGUAUGUCAUUAAACGAGGAGUAUCUAUAUAUUUAUCACGAAGUAACCCUAGGUUUAUAAAAAUACACAGUAAUGUGACAAUGGCAAUAUAAAAUGUAGUCAAAAGAGGUCACUUACAUCCAUAUAGCAGCUUGUAAUUUAUUCUAGGUGGCCCUGGCUAUCAUAUUUAUACACGACAAAAAAGGGGUUAUUCUGAUGAGUAUGGAUUAGGCUUUAAAGUAGUCACCAUGUUAUAACACCUGUGAAUAGGUAGGGUAAAUGCUAAAUAUUCAUUCAAAGGGUUUUUCUGCAAAAGUUGGCAAUUCAUUACAUAACUAUAGGAUAAAGCAUGCAUCUAAUUUCAUAUAAUUAUCCAUUUUAUUUCAAGGCCAAAGCAAAAUAAUUAGCAGUUUGCCCUCUGAGACGCUCAAUCUUCCUACUGUAGCCCUGAAAUAAGUGUUUUUCUAAUUGUGGCAGAUUAGUGGAACUGGCACACCCACCAUUUGCUUAGCUAGGAACACCUCUGAACUGACUUUUUCAUUUCAUCUCUAGAUGAAAAUGAUACAAUUUCUGCAAGCCACCUUAUUCCUAUCAUUUGUGCAUGCAUUAAAUUUAACUCUUUGGGCCAUUUGUGGCUACAGAUAAGCAACAAUUGUGGCAAGUCAAACUGCAGUUCAAAAAUGAAAUAAUUGUUAACUUUAAUUGUGGUUUGUUUUAGGAUUCAAACUUUAAUUGUGUACUUGUCAAUGAUCUUGCAGAAUGGAAAUUGAAAAACCGAAUUGUUCCCAAUUUCAAAAUGUAUCCUUCUGUUCGACAAAUCAUCAUCUUGGCACCCGUUUAGGACUUUACAUGUUCUUUACAUGUUCUAUAACUAUUACCAUCUUUGGAAACUUUGGUAUUAUUAUUACCAUUGCCCAUUUCAAACAGCUUCAUUCAGCAACAAACCUUCUUAUCCUUUCUUUGGCAUCAACUGAUAUGUGUAUUGGAAUAUUUAUAAUAACAUACAGCAUGGUAAGAACAGUGGAAAAGUGCUGGUAUUUUGGAAACUUGUACUGUAAGAUACAUUAUGGUUUUGAUUUGACUUUAAGUGUUAUCUCAAUUUUUCACCUAUGUAUAAUUUCAGUUGACAGGUUAUAUGCCGUGUGUAAGCCACUUCAUUACCCUUUAAAGAUUACUCUGCCUAUCAUUAAAAGGUUGGUGUUUUUUUGCUGGUCAGCUCCUAUGAUAUUUUCAUUGGGAGUGGUUAUAUCAAAUUCUCAUGUGUCUGGCAUUGAUGGAUAUGAUCUUCUAAUUCAAUGUUUUAAUGUGUGUCCAAUCACAUUUAACAAAUUAUGGUCGGUAGUUAUUUUCUUUACAUGUUUUUUUUCUCCAGGAGCUGUAAUGGUUGGAAUCUAUGUGAAAAUAUUUCUGGUUUCUCAAAAACAUGUAAAGCUUAUAAAGAAUGCUACAGGAGAUCCAAACACAUCACAAAAAGUUUCCAGGAGGAAAGAGCACACGGCAGCUAGGAAACUAGCCAUUUUGAUGGGUGUCUUCCUUAGCUGUUGGGUGCCAAUUUUUGUCACUUUAUUAAUUGAUCCAUUUAUGAACUUUACUACACUAAAAGUAAUUUUUGAAAUAUUUAACUGGUUUAGCUAUAUAAACUCAACAUGUAAUCCUAUUUUGUAUGGCUUUCUCUAUCCAUGGUUUAGAAAAGGUCUCAAAUAUAUAAUCUCUGGUAAAAUGUGUUAUUCUGAUGCUUGUGCAAAUCUUUUUCCUGCUGAAUAGGAAAUUAUAUAAGAAAACCGUUUUUGCACUAAUUUGAGUACAAUUUUGUUAUGUACUAUUAAUAUUAUAGAAAGAAGGAUAGCAAAUAAUAAUUACAUGUGUUAAAUUUAUAUUUAAUCUUGGAAAUAAUGUCAAAGAAAACUAA